GAGUAAACACAUAGCUGUCAAGUGUCAAAAGUGUCAAUAGUGUCAUAAUAAAAAUAUAUUCAGUAAGUCAGUAACAGUAUAAAGAUAAACACUAAACAGUUUGUUGGGAAUUACCUCGUUUAGUCGACCGUCGUUUCUCAAUCCAAAGAUGGGACGUAAAAUACCGGCUAAGAAGCAUCGUGGUGUGAAAGAUCCUUUAGUGCAACAAGCCAGACGCUUAGAAGGGUUAAAGGGCAAAAUAAAUGCUCCACCAAAGGAUCCUGAUGAACAGCCAGUGCCCAAAUCACUGACAAGACUUUUUGCAUUUCAGGAGAAAAAAACAGAAAAAAAUAUUACAAAGAAAAAUAAGAUUAACAAUCAGAUAAAAAAUAAUAAAGGUAAUAUAAUAGGCGGCAGAGCGAGCGGUGCGAGCCCCAACCCCGUGUCUCGGCUGCGCAAGCUGCCCGGGGAGUCCGGCAGGGAGUUCUCACUCCGCAUCAACAGCGCUGUGAAGGCUCUGCACAACCCGGUUGAGGACCUACACUACCCUCGAGACUUUGAAGCAGAAGAUGAGAAAGGGCUACAAAUGAGUGAAUACCGCGAGCGUCGCGCACGGAAGCGUCGCAAGGCGGCGCUGGCGUCGCGCGGCGCCCCCUCCCCGGCAGCCGAGCCGCGCCUCUCCAGGACACAGAAACUCGCACUCAAGAAAAAAGCUAAAAAGUCAAAAGCCAUUCAGGCCGGCAGCGAGCGGCGGGAGGUGGAGUACGAGCGCGUGUCGUUCGGCGAGGUGUCGCACGCGCCGCCCGCGCUGCACUUCAAGGCCGCCGGCGCCCCGCGGCCGGGCCGCCGCCAACUACUGCUGAGCUCGCUGCUGGGCCCCGGGGCCCCGGCGGCGGGCGCCCAGGCCGCAGCCGGCGCCCGGGCCCCGGCCGACGCCGAGCGCGCGCGACUGCAGGCCGUGGCCGCGUACCGAGCACUCAAAGCGAACAAACACAAAAAUAAAUAAACUUCGUCAACAGAA